AUGUGUUGUGUUGACUGUGUGGAGGAAGCUCUUAGCGCAUUACUUCCUAUGCUGCCUGGUGUACAUUAUUUUCGAUUCAGUCUUGUUGAUGAUCACUGUGGUAUAGAAUUGGAUGAAAAGGAUCCAAUAGUUUGGCUAAAGCUAGAGGAUGCUUUAGAUGAGUACGUAGUUCAGAAUCAGAAGCGGCCAAAGCAGAAGCUUCAUCCAGAUCCGGCAACCGGUGAACCAGCAGUACCCGUACUCGAAAUUGAAGCACAAGCUGUAGUGAAUGCUAUCUUCGUCUUCGAUCUGCAGAAGGUGGAAGUGAACCGUUCAGCCUUUGCAGUUGCUAAUGCUGGUGAUGUUCUUUUUAUCAGUUUCCUUGGUUCCAGUGGCUGA